AUGGCCGCGGCCUCCUCCCCGCCCCGGGGCGAGAGGAAGAGCUGGGACUGGGGCCGCCUGCUGGGCGCGCGGCGGGGCAGCGCGGGCCUGGCCAAGAAGUGUCCCUUCUCUCUGGAGCUGGCCGAGGGCGGCCCGGCGGGCGGCGCGCUCUACGCGCCCAUCUCGCCCCCCGGCGCCUCGGGACCCUCGCCGCCCCCAGCCGGGCCCGCCACGCCGCAGCCCGCGCCCGCAGUCGAGCCGGGCCCGCGGCCACGGGUCAGCCUGGACCCGCGCGUUUCCAUCUACAGCGCGCGCCGCCCGCUGCUGGCUCGCACCCACGUCCAGGGCCGCGUCUACAACUUCCUCGAGCGCCCCACAGGCUGGAAGUGCUUCGUCUACCACUUUGCCGUCUUCCUCAUCGUCCUGGUCUGCCUCAUCUUCAGCGUGCUGUCUACCAUUGAGCAGUACGCCACUCUGGCCAUGGGGACCCUCUUCUGGAUGGAGAUCGUGCUGGUGGCGUUCUUUGGCACAGAGUACGUGGUGCGCCUCUGGUCGGCCGGCUGCCGCAGCAAGUAUGUGGGCAUCUGGGGGCGGCUGCGCUUUGCCCGGAAGCCAAUUUCCAUCAUCGACCUCAUCGUGGUGGUGGCCUCCAUGGUGGUCCUCUGUGUGGGCUCCAAAGGACAGGUGUUUGCCACCUCAGCCAUCAGGGGCAUCCGCUUCCUGCAGAUCCUGAGGAUGCUGCACGUGGACCGCCAGGGCGGCACCUGGAGGCUGCUGGGCUCCGUGGUCUUCAUCCACCGCCAGGAGCUGAUCACCACCCUGUACAUCGGCUUUCUGGGCCUGAUCUUCUCGUCCUACUUCGUGUACCUGGCCGAGAAGGACGCCGUGAACGAGUCAGGCCGCGUGGAAUUCGGCAGCUAUGCUGACGCGCUGUGGUGGGGCGUGGUGACAGUCACCACCAUCGGCUACGGGGACAAGGUGCCGCAGACUUGGAUCGGCAAGACCAUCGCCUCCUGCUUCUCUGUCUUUGCCAUCUCCUUCUUUGCGCUCCCUGCGGGCAUCCUGGGCUCUGGGUUCGCCCUGAAGGUCCAGCAGAAGCAGCGGCAGAAGCACUUCAACCGGCAGAUCCCAGCAGCCGCCUCACUUAUCCAGACUGCGUGGAGGUGCUACGCGGCUGAGAACCCCGAGUCCUCCACCUGGAAGAUCUACGUGCGCAAGCCCGCCCGCAACCAUACCCUGCUCUCCUCCAGCCCCAAGCCCAAGAAGUCCGUCAUGGUCAAAAAAAAGAAAUUCAAGCUGGACCGGGACAACGGGGUGGGCCCUGGGGAGAAGACGCUCACGGUCCCGCACAUCACCUACGACCCAGUCGGGGAUGAUCGCAGGGCUGACCGCCUGUCCCUCGAUGGCUACGACGGUACUGGUGAGCAGCCCAGCCACAUGGUGAAGAAGAGCCCCACACUGCUGGAUGUGAGCACAACCCACUUCAUGCGGACCAACAGCUUCACCGAGGACCUGGACCUGGAGGGGGAGACGCUGUUGGUGCCCAUCACCCACAUCUCACAAUCACCCCUGCAAACAACGGACACUGUGCAGCACCUACCAGGGAAAUCACGUGUGGAGCACACGCAUAAAUUGUGCAAAGACAGAUUUCAUGAAGUUAAAGCGGUACCGGGGAUUAGGCGGUAAGACUGGUUAUCAGUUGAAGAGAGAGAGCAGGCUGGGGCCAUGUGCAUUCCCAGUGAGCACAGGACAAACAAUGAGAUCAGCAGCGGCCCUGGGAGAGGUGAGGACACCCCACCGACUUGCGGAACCCAGGCUUCUCUCUGGGACGCUGCUGCCCACAGCGCCAAGGGCCCCCUACCAGGCUUGUAACACCUUUUAGGAAAAGCAGACGAAGACUUCCUCCGCCUGGUUUUUCUAAAAUAUGAGCACAUACUUGCGAUUGUAGCAAGCGUAUUACAUACAGGAUAAAAUACGUCUUUUUUUGUAACAAUUAUUGUUCGUGAUAACUUCCCAGUCAAAUCUGUUUGUCAUGAAAUUUUGGUCUCCGUUUUAAGUGGAUUCACCAGAAGAGGUCCUUCAAUUUUGCCCCCAUUCCAGCAGGGCUGAAGUGUUGGUACAGUUUAUGCUGUGAAAGACCCUUAGAGUAAACACUGAACCCGUCUGCACCACUAUCAACGUUACACGGACGAGCCUCCCCCCUGCCUGACGGCUACACGGUGGGUUUUACCUUCAUCGACUUGCUAGCUGAGAAGCGGCCUGCCACGGCUUUAACGUGCAGUGCUUUUAUUGUAAACCACGUUUUUUAUCUUCUCGAUGAUUAAAUGAUUAUCUUUAAAUUAGCUUUAAAGGAUUAAAAGCAUUCGAUUUUUCAUUUUUGUGGAUCGCCUCUUUAUAACCUUUGGGCAUUUUUUAAAAAAUACCCCUUCUUACUGACUUACACGGACUCUCUGUCACGUGUUGAAAAUAUUUUGUUCAAACUUGUCACGCGUGUCUUAGCUUUACUUGUAACUUUUUUUUUGGCUGACGGAAUUUUUAAAAAGUUUUUUUUAGAGGUACCUUUGUCCAUCUUUUACGAUCAGGGGUCUUUAUUUUUAGUUGAGAUAACUUCCUCAUUCCAAUAUUGCUUUAAUUAGUUCUCCUAUAUUUUCUUCUAACACUUUUUGCUUCCUUUUUCACAUAUAAAUCAUGGCUUCACCUGGGUUUUUUGGCACAAGGAGGUAUUAAGUCCAAUUUGUUUUUCUUAUGCUCACUCGAUUGUCCUAACGCUACAUAUAUGAAUGUGUCAUUUUUUUCUCUACUGACUUAAAGGCUACCUUUAUCAUAUUUCAAAUUCUUAUUAAAUGUGUGUUCCUAUCUAGUGAGCCUACUGGUGGGCCAGAACUCACUGUCUUAAUCAUGUAACUUCGUAUUUUUCUGGGUGGCACGGCUUCCCCCAUCCCUGCUACUGCAGGGUCCAGGGAGAGCUGUCUUCGCAGGCUGCAGCGAGCCCGGGAAAUUCACGGUAUGGUCCGAGACAGCCACACUCCCACGAUUUAAACACAGGAUUAGCCGCGGCAUCAGACAGGAAGCUGGAGCUGGGUCUUCAUCUCCGCCGCUCAUGUCAGGAGCUUCUUCAGGGGCGCAGCCAGACUCGGGUCCAGGUGGGGUGCAAGGCUGUGCAUCAACCCGGGCACCAUUUUGUCCAUAUUUCACGUUCUCAGGGCAUCUGGUGGGGGUGCUGUUGUUCAGUCGCCGUUGAGCCGUCUCCAGCUCAGGGAGACCUGCGUAACAGAAGGAAACGCUGCCCAGUCCUGUUCCAUCUUCACGGUUGUUAGUAUGCUUGAGUCCACUGCUGCAGGUGUUGUGUCAAUCCGUCUCCUGGAGGGUUUCCCUCGUUUUUGCCGACGCUCUACUUUACUAGUCCUUUUCUAGCCACUAGUUCUUCUUGGUGACGUGUUGUCCAAAGUAAGCCCGUCAGAGUCUCGCCAUCCUUGCUUCUAAGGAACAUUCUCGUUGAGUUUCCUCUAAGCCUGAUGUGUUUAUUCCCCUGGCAGUCCACAGAAUAGUCCAUAUCCUUCACAGCACCACAGUUCAAGCAAUCAAUUCUUGGGUGGGUAGGACAUCUGAGAAGAACUGAAUCUGUGACUUUGAGAGAGCACAGAGAGCAAACAAGCCCACGGCAUGAAGAAAAAUUCUGCGGUAGGAAACACAACCUGUAACACGUAGCCCAGCUCCUUCUCCACCUCAGUUACAAACGGGGAAGAAAUGACACCACAGGAGGGGGCUCUCCCCAUGCGGGUCACCACGGCCACUGCCAUGGCUUGGCACUGGUGACUCGCCUUCCUUGUCCACUCUGGGCCAAUUGUGCAAGAGUGACUUUCUGAGCCUUGUCCACGCGAACCCGUUCGAAGGGAAGGCUCAUAGCCAGCCCCUUGGGAGCAGGCUCUGGAGCUGGUUGUUGCUGCUGUUAGGUGCUGUUAAGUCACCUCCCACUUAUAGUGACCCCGUGUACAACAGAACGGAACGCUGCCGGUCCUGUACCAUCCUCACAGUCGUCGUUAUGCUUGCCCACUGCUACAUCCACUGUGUCAUUCCAUCUCGCUGAGGGUCGUCUUCUUUUUCACAGACCCUCUACUUUACCAAGCAUGAUGCCCUCCGGGGACUGAUCCCUCCUGAUAACAUGUCCAAAGUAUGUA